AUGGCGGCUCAACCAAGAGUUGGGAGGGGUAGGGGCAGGGGCAGGGGCAUACCUGUAGUUUUGGUGGUGUACACUGCGUGUAUGCGGAACCAUGCAGCAACGCUUGGGGGUUAUGCGCUUGACGGCUGCGGAGAAUUUAUACCAACCGGAAGCGCUGGAACUCCGGGAGAACUACUGUGUGCAGCAUGUAACUGCCAUCGGAACUUCCACCAGAGGCUUGUGAUGGAGAUUCCACCACCACCACCACCACCCCGCCGCCGAGCAGCCAGAGCCGCCCUUCGUGCCAAUCCAGCAGCUGAUUUACCUCCUCCGGAGCCGGCUGUUGAAAUGAAUUAUCAGCUUCCGAGUCCAGCAUCGAAAUUCAGCUUUAUUGCAUUUCCAUGGCGGCGAAACAAAGAGUGGGUAAGGCGUAGACCCGUAGUUCUUGUAAUGUACAUGGCGUUUUUGCAUAACCAUGCAGCACCACAUGGCGGCUUUGCAGUUGACGGCUGUGGGGAAUUUACAUCAACUGGAGCCGAUGGAACACCCGAGUCAUUCCAAUGCGCCGCCUGUAAGUACUGCCUCAGGAACUCCCACCGGAAGGUCGAGAUGGAGAUUCCUCCACCCCGCUGUCGCCGACCACUCAGAUUACAACAUGACAACAAUCUGGAUGCUGCCGCUCCUCCUCCUUCUUCAUCAACGCCGCCUCGGCCAGUUGUUGCAUUGAAUUAUCCGCCUGCGACUCCAACGUGUUAA